AUGACUUCAAGAGGACCUUAUAUUCCAUGGUGGAACUUCACAAACCCAACUGAUCUCUUGGAUAUUCCAUGGUGGAACUUCACAAACCCAACUGAUCUCUUGGAUAUUCCAUGGUGGAACUUCACAAACCCAACUGAUCUCUUGGAUAUUCCAUGGUGGAACUUCACAAACCCAACUGAUCUCUUGGAUAUUCCAUGGUGGAACUUCGUAAACCCAACUGAUCUUUUGGAUAUUCCAUGGUGGAACUUCACAAACCCAACUCAUCUCUUGGAUAUUCCAUGGUGGAACUUCACAAGCCCAACUGAUCUCUUGGAUAUUCCAUGGUGGAACUUCACAAACCCAACUGAUCUCUUGGAUAUUCCAUGGUGGAACUUCGUAAACCCAACUGAUCUUUUGGAUAUUCCAUGGUGGAACUUUACAAACCCAACUGAUCUCUUGGAUAUUCCAUGGUGGAACUUCACAAGCCCAACUGAUCUCUUGGAUAUUCCAUGGUGGAACUUCACAAGCCCAACUGAUCUCUUGGAUAUUCCAUGGUGGAACUUCACAAACCCAACUCAUCUCUUGGAUAUUCCAUGGUGGAACUUCACAAGCCCAACUGAUCUCUUGGAUAUUCCAUGGUGGAACUUCACAAACCCAACUGAUCUCUUGGAUAUUUCAUGGUGCAACUUCAUAAGCGCAACUGAUCUCUUGGAGGCCUCAUGACUAUUUGGAAGCUCCAAGCUAGAUAAACGUAAUCAAGGGAUGUUCUUGGCGUUGGUACGACUUUGGUCUUCAUAUGUCACACUAUUUUAAACUUGUUAGUCUUAUUCAAGGAAAAAAAACAACAGUUAAAUGUCUAUUUAUGUCAAUUUUACAAGACUGAACGCUCUUUGAAACUCCAGCCAGAGGGCCGUACGUAUCUGGAGGCCACAUGUGUUGUACAAAAAAAAAAA